AUGCCUCCCUCUCCCCUGGUCGCUCCGUCGCCUCAGCCUUCCUACUCCGCCGCCGUACCUCUCCAGUUCGCACCCUUCGCCUUGUAUGCCAUGUCGCUAGCAUGUGCCGAAGUCAUACUCAUCCUUGUCGUGGUGGGCUAUGCGUGUCUUCGCUCGCGCCGGGAACGAGCGGAUCCGGCUCGCUUUGAUCGCAACAUCGAGCGGCCACGACGAGGGGUCGAAGCGGCGGCCCUGUCGGUGGUGGUCGUGGCGUAUCGCGGCGAUGCAAGGGAGCUCCAUAGCGAAGAUUGUGCGAUUUGCCUGGCGAGUUUCGAGGAAGGAGAGGAGUGUUGGGUGAUCAUGACGUGUAACCAUGGGUACCAUGAAAGUUGCAUCAAGGAAUGGCUCUCGAGAGACCGGCACUGCCCGCUUUGUCGGGGCUCCGUCCAAGCGGGGCGGACGGCUAGCGUUACACCGGCUCCUACCAGUUCCUAG